AUGUCGGACCUGCUCCUCCUGGGCCUGAUUGGGGGCCUGACUCUGCUGCUGCUGCUGACGCUGCUGGCCUUUGCCAUGUACUCAGGGCUGCUGGCUGGGGUGACAGUGAGUGCUGGCUCACCCCCCAUCCGCAACGUCACCGUGGCCUACAAGUUCCACGUGGGCCCCUAUGGUGAGACUGGGCCGCUUUUCACGGAGAGCUGCAGUGUCUCCCCCAAGCUCCGCUCCAUUGCUGUCUACUAUGACAACCCCCACACGGUGCCCCCUGAAAAGUGCCGCUGUGCAGUGGGCAGCAUUCUGAGUGAAGGUGAGGAGUCACCCUCCUCUGAGCUCAUCCGACUCUAUCAGAAAUUUGGCUUCAAUGUGUUCUCCUUCCCGGCGCCCAGCCAUGUGGUGACGGCCACCUUCCCCUACACCACCCCCCUGUCCAUCUGGCUGGCUCCCCGCCGGGUCCAUCCUGCCCUGGAUGCCUACAUCAAGGGGCGGAAGUUGUGUGCCCACCCACGGCUGGAGAUCUACCAGCAAGACCAGAUCUAUUUCAUGUGCCCCCUGGCACGGCAGGGAGACUUCUAUGUGCCUGAGGUGAAGGAGACAGAGCGGAAGAGCCGGGGGCCUGCAGAGGUCAGCGACGCCCCGGUGGAUGGCACAGGUGCUGACACGAUGAGCGACAGGAGUUCUGUAAGCCUGGAGCUGGGUCCUGGCAGCCGGGAAACUUCAGCGGCCACACUGUCCCCCGGGGUGAGCAGCCGCGGCUGGGACGAUGGCGACACCCGCAGCGAGCACAGCUACAGCGAGUCGGGUGCCAGCGGCUCAUCUUUCGAGGAGCUUGACCUGGAGGGCGAGGGAGCCCUGGGGGAGCCAAGGCUCAGCCCUGAGACUGAGCCCCUGGGGGCUCCCAAGUGGCCCCGGGCGCCCAGUACCCCAGAGAAGGGCGAGGAGUAG